GUACAUUCUAGGAAACGCGCAUCAAAGCUCAAGCUUCAGUCCCUGCAGGUCGAUUAGCAAAUCAUGGGCCGUUAGAAACUUAUACAGUGGAACCAAAACUUCAGCCUUUUCCUCAAUUCAAUUGACGUACCAGGAAGUAACAAGUACCUGUAGUACAUACCUAUAUAUUUCAAUUGUUAGUAUCAAUUCUGUACCAACUUUUACACAUCAUAUCUAUUACUUACUCUUUUAUUUGCGCAUGAAAUAGACAUUGAUACUUCAAUAUGCCGGCUCGAUCAACCGUUGACCGAUUGGAUCGCCCUAGCGCAUACUACAACAACAACAAGAAUAAGCGAAGACGAACCGAUCGACGAGAUAGCAGAGAUGGCGACAAUGAGGGAGCUUCUGCCCAGGUAGAAGAGCCGCAAGCGGAUCCUCUGGCCAACACCACAACUGUUUACGUUGGAAACCUAUCGUUUUACACAACCGAGGAGCAGGUUUACGAGCUUUUUUCCAAAUGUGGCGAGAUCAAGCGCCUAAUCAUGGGAUUGAACCAUAUCAGCAAGACGCCAUGCGGCUUCUGCUUCGUCGAAUACUACACGCACCAAGAUUGUCUUGACUGCAUGAAAUACAUAGGAGGGACGAAGCUCGACGAACGAAUCAUUCGCACCGACUUGGACCCAGGCUUUGAAGAAGGCCGCCAAUACGGUCGAGGCAAGUCUGGUGGACAGGUCCGAGACGAGUACCGAGAUGACUUUGACGAAGGCAGAGGAGGCCUUGGCAGAGCGAUCCAACUAGAGAGAGAACGCGAGGGACAGAGACGCAAAGAUAGGGAUCCCCAUACAGAAGAGGAUUACGGUCGCCUUAGAUAGGCUAUUCAUGGCGUUUCAAUGAUUCAUUAAUACCUACCCAUAAUGAGAGUACACAUGGCUACAGACAGCCCACCACUAAUUAGCCUUGAUGCCGAUGAUAUAUUCGCCUACUCGCUUCACGAUACAUUGACCACCCUCUUUGAAUUCAUAACAUUCAUAUAAACACAGAAGCCCAUCUGCUCCUCUGAUUCAAGUGCAAUAGUGUACAAUCAGUUAAACGAUAGUUGGUAGCCUAGUAAUC